AUGACCAUUACCUCCACUUCUACUCCCACCACCCCCUCCGAUCCCCCUGUCCUCAUCGUUAAUAGGCGUAGGGCCAACAGACCUCACUGCAGCUCUAGUGAUUGCCCAGAAUGGAAUUCCGCUCCGCACGUCGACAAAGAGACGUCGUUCCAUCCCGGCUCUCGUGGCCCGGGCAUCCAGCCCCGCACGCAGGAGCUUUUGCAUCAACUCGGCAUGUCUGACAUGCUCAACGCUUCGAUUGAAACGAUGCAGAUACAGAGGCACUCGUACGAUAAGAUGGACGCUGUCAAGACAUGGGCUGUGAUACCUCCAUUGGAGUCUACUCCGCACAUUCCCUACAUAAAUCCAAGACUCUUGGGGCAGAAUGGCAUUGAAAAGUUCCUGCGAGCUGCCUUGGCAAGACUCGGCUACAAGGUUGAGCUGGGAUAUGACAUUCGCUCCUUCGAGCAGACUCCUGAAUGCGUCAUUGUGCACGCAUUCAGGCGGGACGGUUCGGAGGAGACGUUCCGCGCCAGCUAUCUUACCGGCGCAGACGGAGGUAGAGGUGUCUCCCGCAAGCAGCUUGGUGCGACUUUCUUAGGCGAGACGAGAGAAGAAAAUCGUUUGGUCACUGGAGACGUUCGCAUGACAGCAGAGGGCUUCGACAAACGUUACUGGCACCGUUUCGGAGAUAGCAAUAAGAAGCUAGUUAUGCUCAGGCACUGUGCUGAAGUUGCCGAGGAGAACGACGGCUACCAGUUUCAGAUCAUGGGACCAGAGGUUGACAUCCAUAAAUUGCUCAGUAGCAAAGAGUCAUUGUUUGAAGAAAUUGCGUCUGCCUUGCCGAUGAAGAUCCACUUUACGAGUCUUAUCUGCUCCAGUGAAUGGAGACCGAAUAUUCGCAUGGCAAACAACUUCGGUUCUCAACGAGCUUUCUUGGCCGGAGAUGCAGCCCAUGUGCACUCGCCUGCAGGUGGACAAGGGUUGAACACGGGCAUAAGCGAUGCUAAGAUCUCGCUCGUUAUGAAAGGUGGGGCGGGUCCAUCUCUGCUCGCUACGUAUUCCGCAGAACGCCUCCCCCUCGUCGCCGAGAUGUUGAAUCUGACAACCACCAUCCUGGACGCCGACACCUUCGGCUCGGACGCGACGUGGUCACCGCGUCCGGAGUCGCUGCGCAUGCUGGGCGUCAAUUACCGCCAAAGUGACAUCGUCCUGGACGAGAUACAUCCUUUAGGCUCCCUCCCUCCCAUCCCUGCUUACGGUGAUCCCAAAGAAAUCCAAGCUGUCGUCUUAGCCGCCGGAGACCGCGCGCCCGAAGCUGGUGGCCUCAUCGAUGACGCAGGCAACACGCACCGCCUGUUCGACCUGUUCCACAUGACCCACCACACCGUCCUCGUCUUCGCGCUCUCUGUGGAAGAUGCCCGCGACAUUUUGGCAGCGCGCACGGCAAGAAGCGCAGACUUGAUUCGCUACAUCGUCAUCCUUCCCGGCUCGUCACAGCUUGAUGCUGGGGUUACUCUUAACAGCGACGCGCUCAUCGUGCAGGAUAGCGAAGGCAUCGCAUACUCAGGGUACCAGGCCGAGAACGAUAAGACCCGCGUCGCGAUCGUUCGCCCAGACGGAUGGAUUGGUGGUCUAGUACGCGAUAAGGAAGGGGCUCACAAAUAUUUCACGAAGAUCUUCGAGUGA